AACCUAUGGCGUGCUAUGCUUAGCUCCUCGUGGUCGGCAUGGUUUUUGGUCAUCUCGGGGCUUCCAGCUCAUCAGCGGACACUAUGGAGAGCACAACCCCGAUCCAUGAAAGCCCGUUGUUUGCCACCGGUGAUAAUGCUGUUGAUGAGACACAAAAUCAGGACGUGCCUGUUGCUGAGCCACAGACAUUGUCGAAAAAUGCAGCGAGGAAACUUGCCCGAUAUGAGAGGGUAGUUGCUGCCCGGAAGGCAAAGCGUCGUGAGAAGAAACUGGCUCGGAAAAGCAGACUAGCUGCAGCAAAGGAACUUGGAGAUUGUGACGUCAAGUCAAUUUCUGGUGGUCAGCGGCAGAGGCCUGAAAGGCUGCUACAGGGGGAGGCAGUCAAUCGUGACACUUCGCCAGGCUCUGAAAUGCCUGCUCCAUGCAUCUGCAUUGACAUGGGGCACACAGAACACAUGAGUGAUAAGGAGCUGAACAAACUGUCAUCACAGUUACGAAGGCUCUAUGGCUCUAAUCGUCAUAGCUGCACUCCCUUGAAGCUAUUCUUCACUCAUUUUCCUUCAUCUUGCCGUCUUUACAAGAUGUGUGUUGAAAAGCAUCAAGGAUUUGAAAGGUACUCGGUGGAGAUGAGGGCAGAAAGUCAUGUGGAGCUGUUUCCUAAGGAUUCGCUGCUCUACCUGAGUCCGGAUGCACCUGAGGCCCUCCCAACUACACCCUUGGGAUCCAACACUGUUUACGUUAUUGGAGGCCUUGUGGAUGAAACAGUUCAUAAGAACAUUAGCCUGAGCAGUGCACACGCAGAAGGCAUUCGGUGUGCACAGCUACCAAUUGAUGAAUUUAUGGAGCGCUGUGGGGGCACAGGUUGCAAGAUUCUUACUGUCAACCAGGUGCCACUGACAUACCGGUACAUUCUCCACUCUCUCCAGUUGGAUUUGCGCAGUAACAUGAAGUUGACAAGUUCCGAGUGUUCGACAUUUUGUUGAAUGUACACGAGACUCAAGGGGACUGGGCCAACUCCUUAGCAAAAGUAAUUCCCAAACGAACAGGUCUUAGGAAAAAGCAGUCUUCCUGGUAAACAGACUGUGAAACAACAAAGGAAGUUUUGGAAGGAAUGUUCAUCAUGUACAUCAUGCACAUCACAUUCCCUUUGGGAAGCUGUUUUGUCAGCUUUCUUGGUUUUACCUCAAUGAUGUAAAAGUGUAUACUGGAGAGCUUGUGAAGGAAUGUUGGACAAAUACCUCGAAUUAUGCCUGGUGUUUAUUGGGAGUUGUCUCAUAUUAACUUUACGUAGUUUUAGUGCACAUUUGGGUUUAUGAAAACAAGCUCAAGGACUUGUUUCUGUUGAUCGUGUAUGUGUGCACAUAAUAGGCGUUAUAAGGAGCUGAAAUAGCAUUUUAAUAUACAAUCAUUUUUUAUUACUACAUUGUGCCAAGGAGUGACUGUGAACUGAAUAAUUGGUGCAUGUAGUCAGUGAUACCUGUGUGUCAGCAGUGCGGUAAACAGUGUAGCUGCUUUCUUUCUUUUUUGUUUGUUUCAUGCCCUUGCGUACAUUAUUACAAUAUAUAUUCAUGUCGAUAGCUGCACACAUGAGUCUGCAACUAAGAAGUUGUGAAAAUUGUAGUGGAAUCAUACUAAUUAAAGCACACAUAUUUCAAUAACUGAUAGAUCUAUAAUUUGAACAGCCUCUCUGGUCUCAUUACAGCUGCAUGCAUCUCAGUGGGAAAAAAAGCUCUUGGUAAUUCGAAUACUUGAACAUGUGCGGCUGUUACUUUUGAACUAAGUUCACCAUUUAUGCCUCCCACUUCUUGCCAAAAUGGAUAACAAAAUGCUCAGAGAAAUUUUGCAUUGUGCUGUUGAAUGCUUUGGCAUAUACUGUGGGAAGAUUUCUGUGUACUAGAGGUAUAUAUAUAUGUAUAGACCUUUCUAUCAGGAGCUCUUGGGGUGUCGCCAUAAUGCCCUCUAAACUGUUAUUACACGUGAUCCCCCUGCAAAAGCAGUGCAGAACCUGCAUCGCGUGCCUUUGUACCCCCACGCAACAGUCCCGAGGAAGGUGCUGUCCCUCCUCCCCCCCCCCUCCCUUAUGGAAACUUUGAUGUUGGCCAGGAUACCUGUGUCACACAGGCAUUCAUGAAGUCCCUUGAACUAAAGAAGUGACAAACUUCCUAAAGGAGUUUGAGCUCAAGGUAGUUGGGGUUGUGUCACAUGGCCACUUGCGAGUUUCUUCACAAAAGCUGCCAGGGGCUCAUUAGGCGCUGUUUGGUUUUUAACGCACCCAAAAGUUUCAGUUCUGAUUGCUCCUAAAAUGAUUUACCUAAAGUUGUUUCAAUGAAAAAUUAUCAUACACAUUUUAUAUGGAAAGCUAACUGCUUCUCUAAAAAGUGAAAUGCACUCAAUAAACAUAGGGACACUGGCAACCUGUGCUUACUCGUGUUUUUAUGUAUGUUGUGGCGCAGCUACUGAUUUUUGCUGCUGUUGCUGUAAUUAUGUGGCCUGAUCGCAACAUUCUGUUCUCAGUCAUUUUGCACAUAUUUACGAAGCACGGCAGGCCACAGCCACGACAUGACACACGUGCAGUAAACCUCGCAGUGAAUGAGGAUGGUGUCUGUUAGUACAAUCGAGGAGCGCUCUGGGUUGAGAAUAUAGGGAAGCAGCAAGCAUAACUGUGAUCAAGCAAACUGUUCUGUAAUGGAACCAAUAUUUUUACAUUUACACGCUAGUGUAAAAGAAUACAAAUGAAAAUUAACAUUUUAGUUCUAUGUUAAGCACCGUCGGAACGAAAGUACUAGUAGUACUCCCUUCAGCUGCCAAGGGAGAUCGCCGAACAUCCUUCAUUAAAAGCUCCUUUAAACUCCCUUAGCAAUAGGGCGGCUCUGUGGCACCGAGUGCAUCUCCCUCGAGAUAAAGACAAAGGAGAUAAAAGGAAUUUAAGGGUGCCUGUGUGAUUCUGGUUGUGAAAAUGUAUGGGACGUCUGUCUCUGUAUACCUUCCAUUGCAAAUCUUUUGAUGGUGAAAGGAUACAAGCAGGAUGCUUGCUGCGAGCAAGUUUAUACAAACAAGUUUUUGAAGCAGGUCAUAUUGGCAACAGCUUAGUCACUGAAAAAGUCACUGUGGUCCAGAAACAGUUUGUUGCUUGUUGGUAUUUGCUGUUAAAAGUUUUCUGCUGCACAGUGUGGGGCGUCUUGUGCACUCAGUGCAAGCUUAAAGAAAAGAUAAGUGCUACUCUGACAAAGCACUGGAUGUAGCAUGCCGUCAGCUCCGUUUUAAUUUUUUCGGUUGGUGCUUUGCAUGCUGUCAGCAUAGUCUUUAUCAUUCUAAUUGUGAAUUUCUGAAACUAGCCUUGUAAAUAAACCUGUCUUGCAAGCAUGCUAUUCCCGUGGUGCGGCUAAUGUGCUAUGCUCUGGCACUCGUGCUGUGUGUGACUUGGCGAUUGCUGGUCUUGCGGAGGGCUUUUGAUCUAAUUAACAUUGCUGAUGCAUGAGUUACUUACUAUGACUGGCGUGGUCAUGUAUGCUGCAUGCUAUGCACAUGAGGGCAUGUUAUUGUUUCGAGUAUGGAGGCUUCUACUACAAGGUUUGUUGAAUGGUGACUACUAUAUUUAUUUCUGUGAACAAAAUGGAAAUUCUGAGAAGCACGAAACCAUAUCUGUCUUUUGAACUAUUUUCUAUGUGCAUUCAGGCAGUGCUGCCAUUGUUUUGGGAGGUCCUUGAUUCCUUUGGCAUUGAAAGAACUGGGCUGCUGGCAUUGCCACUAAAGGAUCUCAUCCUGUAGGGCUUCAUGACUUGAAUUUCUUCCAUUUCAGGUGUUGCUUAAUGGGUACAAACAAGUGAUUAUCACUUGUUUGUUGUACUGGUUGUAAAGCACAUGAGUUAAAAGCGCCAUUGCAUUUCCGUUCAUUUCGACCCAGGCAUUGUUAUGGAGAAUGACUUAUCCAGACAACUUCUUAGGCCUUUCCCUGCAAAAAGCAUUUUGUAUAGCUUGUGUCAGCAGCCUUCAGUGUACCGGGUGUUAAUUGUAAUUUCCUUUCCAAAAAAUCCCCAUGAAUGUCACUUUGCAUGUCCCAGAACACAAUUUCCAUUGUUUAGGCGGCUGAUGGCUGUGCCUUUAUUUUCUUGGGGGGUGGUGAGCCUCUGUGUCACCACUUUAGAUGGUUUAUCUUGGUCUCAGGGUUGAAAUGGGUCAACCACAUUUCGUCACAUUUAAUCACUGAUUGCGAAAGUUCCUUAACUUCGGCUUGAAAUUGAUUCAGAAGUUCUUCACAGAUCAGGGGUGGCCACUUUUGAUCAAAUGUCACUUGUUGAGGAACUCGUCUUUCAGAGACCUUGCGUAACAUUUCAUUGUCAUGAAUUAUUUUCUCGAGCUGACAGUGAUAUUCACUUCAACUGCAAUGUCUCGCACUUUAAAUCGCCACUUCCCAAGGAAGACAUGCUGAACAUGUGCAAGAUUCAUGAAAGAGAAAAUUGUCAUCCACCCGACUGUAGCACGAAGCUACAAAGGAAACCCAUACGGGUUUCUCAGAAAAAAAGCUUUGCAAUUGAAGAAAAAUGCACCCUGGUCCAGGGAUCGAACUUGGGAUCAACACCUUUCCGGGGCAGUUGUUCUACCAUCUCAGCUAACCAGGGGGCUAGCAAAUCACAGUGCAAGGGGAAAUUAAUCGGCAACUCGAACAUGUAAACUGAAUAUGGCCGAUCAGUUCUGCAGGAGCCCACAAGGGGGAGGAAGGUUCAUAAAAGGGACAAUUGCCAUCCAUCAUGACAAUGUUUCUUUUCCUGAACCUUCCUCCUCCUUGUGGUCCACCUUGCAGGCUUCUGCAGAAUGAUUUGCCAUAUUCAAUGUGCAGUAUUGGCAGUCAUGCCUGCAGUUGUUGGAACGUGUCUAUAUGGUUCAUUCCUCACUGGCUCUUGUCCUUCACCAAACUGCUGAUGCCAUUCGUAGACUCUUGUCCAUAACAUCAUUUCUUUGCCUUAUUGUGCCUGCAACUUUCUCAAAAUUUCAUGCUGUUUCACUUCCCUUUUUAUCAGGAAUUUGAUUAUGCACUGCUGCACCAUAGCUGCAGGCACAUUGCUGGCCACCGUGAUAGCUGGGGCUGCUGUGCCUGCAGUAAAUAUGCUGGGCAUGCAACUUUCAUUGGUUUGUUAUAGACAAAAGUCAUUGUCAACCUUCAAUGAACCUUGUAUGUGUAGUGACCUCUUUUGGCAUUGACUACAUGCAAGUGCAUUUCUUUGCUUCUUGGUUUCGUUUCCAAACCAAAGCUUUCUUUUUUUUCCCUGCAAGUUUUAUAACACAAUGGAAAAGUGGUAUUUCAGCUAAGAGGCUACAAUCAGUUCAAACUUUACUUAUUUGAACUUAAUAACGGUCCCUUUGAAGAAAGAAUUAAUGAGAUAACUCUUACCCAUGCACAUGCCACAGCGGCAUUUACUUUGACAUGUCGUGAGGGCAUUGUUGGUAUGCAGCGAAAAGGUAGUACUACAUGGACUCCAUAGCCAAAGAAAGUAAAUGCACUUGAAUAAAAAUUGCUGCCAGGCAAUGCUUUUAUAUCUCUCUUUGUGUAAU